ACUGUUUUUGUCGUUGACCUGCAUCGUCUUUGCGAAAUGUUUUGGAAUUUUUAUUUGGAAAAUGUCCAUUAACAUUACCGUGCAUGGCAACCAAUUGGAGAGUGUGAACCGCAAGACUGCCCUUCGUGACCCCGAGUUUGUAAGGAAAGAACAAUUGGCCGAGAGGCGAAAGCAACGUCUGGAGCAGGUCCGCCAACAGUCGAAAGAAGUCGCUCAGCACGUUCGUGAGAAUGUCGGUGCGGAACUCAAAAAGCAGGAGCGGCGGAUUGAGGAGCAAAAGCAAAGGGAGCUAUUGGAAUGGCGGGAAAAAGCCCUUGCCGAGGCUGAAGAGCAACGCAAAAAGAGUCUGAACGCUUUCGGGGCUGCACAUCGUGCUGCCUUGGCUGAGCGUGAAAAUGCCGCGAAAGUACAGAAAGAAAAGCGCAAGAAGGACGCUCUUGCACAACAACGUGGGAAGGAAGCAUUGCUCAGGGAAAAGCAAUCGAAAACGACGAAAAAGCCUGUGGAAAAGCCGAAGGUGCAACUACCCCGGGUGCGGGUGCGGAAAAACGAUGAAAACAGCUCCAAGGCAGCAAAUGCUAAUAGGAUGCAAAAGCAAACUGUGGAGAGUGAAGGUGAAUCGACUGAUUCCUCCCUUUCUGAAGAAGAACUGCCUGAAACCAAGUCGACUUUGAAGGAAAACAAAGUCGUCGUAAUGGACAUCAAUACGGACACGGACGACAGUUCGUCUGUAAGCCUCGAGGAUUCUCAUGAGGAUUCGAAUCGGCAUUUCUACCGAACAAGCGAAAAAUCGCAAAGCACGGUUUUAUCGAAACCGGCCUACAACUGCUCCGACUACCGCCAGUCGGACACCUCCUCAGAAAAAUCCAAUUCCAUUGAAGACCCCAAACCACGCCAGUUCACGAAAAUUUCCGAUCUAAUUCAGAAACGACUGUCCAAGACAAGUAUGACUACUUUGGACAUACCUCCAAAUUCUGAGCCCAGCAUAACACCGACAAAGUCCUGCCUGAAAAGCAAACCGCCGCCACCGGAAAUGGCGCCUUCGAGUAAAAUACAAUCCCAAGUACCGUCAACGUCGAAGAAAACUUCAAUUUCCACAAAGCCGAGGUCGGAAGUGUCGAACACGGUGCAGUUUUACGAUUAUGACAAUAAGUUUUCGAAGGCCUACGAACCACGCGAAGGAACUGUUAAACCGGUGGCGAAACCGCAAGGGCAAAUCAAUGCAAUGGAGAGUGCCCGGUUGGAGCUGCAGCUGCAGAAGCAACAACAGAAAGAAGCGGAAGAAACAAGGCGGAAAGCAGACGAACGUUGUCAAAACGCAAUUGAACGUGAAAAAGUUCGUAGAGAUUGUGAACAGUUGACACAGAAGCUUGAUUCCUUAAACCGCGAAAUCGGAGUAUUACGGGAAAUCGAUGGACGAGGAGCGAUAAAUGUGUUCACGCAAUCUAAAAUGGAAAAAGAAAAUGUUUCACGUCAGAAAAAAAUGACUAGCGCGUUCGAAGAUAUACUUAACAGAUCAGUGGUAAUUACUUGUCCUGAAAUAGAGAGAAAAAGACCUAACCAUGGUAAAGAUACUGAGAACGUUGCGCCAUCAUCGAUAAAUGUAGCGAGGAUAACUGAGCCAAAAGAUUUCCGUAGAGAUUUUGACAACGUUAGUACUUCGGACAGUUGCGCGAGCAUUCUUUUAGAUUACGUCAACAAACAAUCUGCUCAAAUUUCGCAAGAUAUCAGAUCGUGCGAAAACUCUAAUACUCUAGAGGAAUUGAAGGGUUUACUCAAGAAAAUCAAUGACAUACGCGAUCAAAUUAUAGCCGAAAUAGAAAAGCAAAAGGCCAGAAACGAUAAAAAAUCGCUCGAUGAAUUGAAGGGUAUCGCGCAAUCGGUGAAUGAUUUACGAAGAGAGCGUGAAAGUAUCUUGUCUGAAGAAAAAAGGAAUAUCGAAUUUAUGAAAGCGCAUUUAGAUAAGCGCGAGAAACUAAUUAGGGAAAAAGAGAAAGAUUUAGAACGGAAGCUUAGGAAAAUUGCUGAAAAUCAAAUGAUGAAAGAGAAGGCAGAGAAGGAUUUGGAUGACGAUAUUAAGGAUAAAGGUACAAAAGAAGAUAACGAACUUAAAGAGAAGAGAAAAGAGCCUAAAAAAUCUACUGCUGAGCAAACCGGGAAAGCCCAACCAACCGUUCCUAUAGAAAUUGUAAUUAAGUUGCGAAAUGAAACCAGUGCCCAACCAGGAAAAUCUCCUUACAAGAGCCCACGAAAGCGUUCCAGUCUUAUCCCGGAUUUUAAACACACGAAACGGAAGAAGGUCACGUUAGUAAAGCACAAAUCUUCAGAUUCAGUUGUUGGGGAGAAAUCCCUACCGAAAACCCCUGCAAAGAAGACCGUUGAGAUUUCUCCUACAAAAAGCAGGAGUUCUACAUCGUAUUUAAGCCUGCCCGAGGCCAUACAUACAAAACUAGGAGAAUUAUUAUCAAUUCCAGUUCAGCAGGAUACACGCGCAAAUUCUGCUGAACGUGAUCGAACAGAGGCUGUUGGACGUGAUCAUACGGAGGGUGUGAAACAGGCGAAACCGUUUGAACCACGUCAACAAGCCACGACCGAUCAAACGAAUAAAAAAGUCAAUCCUGCCCUAAUGCAUUAUAUUCAAAGAUUGCUUGGAAUGUCGAGAAGUUCUAUUGACAUGCUGGGUGUAAGUAGCUCUGAAGUUGGAACCCCAUCAUCUUCCAUAGUUGCUGUUCCCUCAAAUCAAGCGGAAAGUGGAAGUGACAUGGCUGAGAAAGAGAGGAUACGCAGAUUGCAAGCGUUUAUUAAUGAGAAUUAUAGUUUCAUUAGUGAAAUGGAAGAAUCGUUCAAAUCGAGUAAAUCGACUGGGUCUUCCGCAAGUUCAUCUAGCAAAGAAAUGGAGAAAAUAUGGCGAACGGCUUUACAGCAACAACAAGAAGAUCUUACUCCAUCACAUUUAGAAAAACAAAUCAAGUCGAUUCUCAAGAAGAAAGCAACACGAAGCAAGUCUAGCUCAAUCAAAAUAAAAACAGAAACUGUCGAAAGGUCUGUAUCGAAAAAGUCCGUAGAAACUCAAGUCGAGGAGAUUCCAAAAUCCGAAAAGUCUGUUGAAGUUGAUAUACCUGCGGAGCAAUUGAUGCCUCCCCCAAAGUCGCCUGUAACAAGUCAUGUUAGUGGAACAUUGGACACAAACCAGCUGGUGGACCAAUACACACAACUGACAAACAAUUGCACUAAACGCAUAGCUGAGCUUACGGAUAUGAUAAAUAAAGUGCGAAAAGAGAAGCAAAAAAUAUUGGAAAUAACGCUCACGUCUGGGAGUGAGACUGGUCGAAAUUCUACUGAAUAUUUAGAUUUGCCCGAAGGUCGGAUAAACAAAAGUGACGAAGAUUCGGGUAAAGUAAGUGGACUGAAAAAGGUGCUGGAAGCACAGGCAGAUUCGGAAAGGAUGAACCUCGAACGAAACAAACUAACAGGAGUUAGUCGUGAUAGUGGCAUUUCACUUUCGCGUCCAGUUACAGCCUUAGAUUCGCAUGAAGUCGUCCCAGAUGCCCGUAUUCUUGGUAGAAUAUCACCUACUCAACACAUUCAACCUAUUCUGAAAGACUCGUCAAAGUAUGUAGUGCAAGAAGCCGUGUCCAUUCAAUCUGAACGACCAGAUGGCCCCAGUUUUGAUGCUAAGAAGCCGCACAAGCCGCCUGCCACUAUUGCUCGCUACUCUCCUCAACUUAUUGAGGAGCUUCCGCACGAACUUUCAACUAUACUUGAAGUCGAAACCCCGAUCACUUCGAGAAUAAAUACUUUGGCUCCGGAAGAAAAUGCACCGGCCAUGCAUGAGCGAAGCACAAGUGCUAAAUCCAUUCACAAUUUCCCGACGUAUGAAGAGUAUGUGAGGAAGCAUAAUAUCGACGUGAGUCAAUUCAUUGAUAUUGAUAGAAGCUCGAAGAUGCCGAGUGACUUUCAAGAUUUCAUAAAUGCGUCAAAUAAAGGUAAUUUACAAUACCAAGAGUUUCCAUCGUUCAAUACGUAUUUGCGUGAUCAGGGACAUACUAGCGGUAUUCAACACAAACACACUAUUUCAGCUUAUCAGUCAAUUGUGGAGGCCGACGUGCCUAGUUUUAAACGCUUCCCUUCACAUAAGUCUUAUGUAGAAAAGCACAAUGUUAGCGGCUUGUUAGAUUCACAAAGCAUUGCAGCGGUUUCUGUUUCAGAUCGUUCAACUCCUUCAAAUCCAAUAGAAGAUUCUGAAUCGACUGAGAGCCUACCAGAUGUUGUGGCUGAGCUGAAAAAGCGUCACAUUAUUGAACAUUCAUUCCGGAAUGAAAUUGCUGCACCCCAAUCGGAUGGCUCUUCAGGAAAACCAUCAACAAGUAGUGAUGAAAGGGCUGUUGAAAUAACUGUAGUUUCCAGCAGUAGUAGGACCCCACAACAUAGAAGUCCAUCGAAAACCGCAUCAAAUAUUAAAUCUCCAGUGAAAAAGAAAAUGCAAAUUGUAUCAUAUAAAUCUUUAGAUAAACCUUCACGUACAGAACAGAGUAAAAUAGUUGAUUUAACUGGAAUCGAACUAUUGCCGCCGUCGUCCACCUCUACGUCAUCAUCUCAAAGUACAUCUCAGUCGUUGGAAAAAGAGCUGGAUAAGAUGGGAUUGAAAUGGGCGAGUUUGAUGCUUAAAAAGUCCCAGCAAUCAAUGGAGCUGGGUAGUACGUCCUCAAGCUUUACGUAUGAACAACCGCGACGUAAAUCACCAAAGAAGACACCGGAGAAAAUGAAGAUUUCUGGAGCUGCACUUGGUGAUGUUUCUGCACGGAUCGAUGAGCAACGAAGAAAAGACCAACUGCCUCAAUCGCCAUCAGAUAGUAACGGAAAGCCAUUCAACUUAAAAGAGUUCUUUACAAAAGAGCUGCAAAAGCGAGCCACCACAUCCAUAUCAUUAUCAUCAACAGACGAUUCGAUAGCCAGCAAUUUCAUUAAAUCCCUUCUCGGCUCAGCCAGUUCCACGCCGGUUCCUUCGUCAGAACGAAAAACUAACAUUCAGGAUCGUCAGAGACCUCACACAUCCACGCCUGUUCAUCAGAAGAAAUCGUCGACUUCCUCAAAGUCUUCGCCUGAUUCAACGAAACUCUUCUCUGGAGAGAGUGCCUUAUCAUCAGUGAGAUUCAGUUCAGGAUCGAAUCAUCCUAAACAGCAGCCAAGUCUGCAAGACUGUGAUGCUUUAAGUGCCUCCCAUUUGAAACUGAAAUGUAGGUCGGAGGAGCAUAAAAGCAGCAACAAAUCCAGUUGAUUGUAUACGCGAAAAGACAUUUGUAAUCGAUUUGCUCAGUGUAGUAUUAUUUUUAUUGAACAUCUGUUAAAGUUUUAAAGAGACGUUUAAUGAUAAGUUUUUAAGAAAGACGAUUGCAUUAAGUAGUUCAAUAUUUUUAUAUGCGAUUUUAUUUUAUUGACCUAUAAAGUUGAAUGUAUUUUUAGUGCUUGUUUAAAAUAAAUUUGCCUAAAAUUAGUUAAA